AUGACUGGGUCGACCCCGAAGGCCAAAAUGAUGGAGAGUGGCGCAGCCGAGAGCCCGCCCAAACCAGAGCCAGUCCCGAGGACACGUUACGGUGAGGAGAUCAACGGCGCUCUGACUGAGGCACUCACACCGCUGGUCGAUGACAAAGGCUGGCCCAUGUACGGACACGCCCUGGCAUCGGAGAUGCUGGACCGCGGCAGGGUUGAGAAGUUGGGGGAGGUGCUGAGAGCGAUUCGCCAGGUGGCGCCGAACUUCUCGAUCGCCCCGCACGUGGUGGAGGAGGUCAUGGCCAACAUCGGCACGGCCAAGAAGGACGACAUCAAGUUGAGAGAGGUUGAGUCCUGGGCCAAAGGCGCGUCGCUGAGGCUCCGAACUCUCUUGCUUCACGCGGCCGGCCUCGCUCGCAAGGAGAAGCCGCCGAACAGGGCUCCUGCGUGGUGGACCAACCUCAUGGCCAACGAGAGCAAGGUCCCAGAGCCGAAGAAGGCAGCGCUGCAGAAGAGCAACGUGAAGGACGAGACCAAGCCCGAUAAGGAGCCCAAGCCCGAGGAGGGAUCCAAGCCCGAGGAUGCGUUCACGUUCGGAUACGACGAGAGCAUGAAGCGUGCAUGGAGAUGCGAUGCAUUCGCGGAUCGAUUUCAGCCUGAGGUUUGCGACAGCAUGACCGUCAAGCCAGGCGAGACCUACGUCUGGGCGAAGUGGGCAGACGGAAUGGAGUACGAGGUGCUGGACUGCUUGGCGUCGACCUUUCUCGAGGAUGCUGGACCUGCGCCCUCGAAGACGCCGCGAGGGGGCAACAUCUUGUGGACGGGCAACAUGGACGGCCUCCAGGUGCAGGUCAAGUUUGUGAUGGAUAGGGGGAUCAAGCUGAUUCAGAUCAAGCACAACUUGAAGCAGGUCACGCAGAUCUCCACGCACGCCGUCGAGGAGGCGGAGGCGGUGGAGUUCAUGAAGGACAUCGCGAAGCGCUACUGCGAGGGGCGCCUCACGGCCCAAGACGCCGAGCAGCUGAAGAGGGAGAAGCUCAAGGAGCUGAAGAAACGCAAGGAGAAGGACGAGAAGGCGGCGGCACUGGCUGCGACCAGCGCAGCUUCGUCCAUCGAGACGCAGCCUGCGGAGACGGCGGUGCGGAAGCGCCCAGCUGCCGCCCCCAAAAGAGCUUGCAAGAAAGCCAAACACGAGGAGCCCGACAAGGAAGCAGCCACCGAGGAGAAGGGCGCACCCAUGAAUGGAGUGGAGAACCUGACGAUCGUCGAGAAGAAGCCCGAGGAGAAGCCCCAUGAGGGCAAGGAGGAGCCUCAGCCGCUGGAGAGCCCCCAGGAAGCAAAGGAGGGGCCACCAGAGGAGACGGGCGAGCCCACGAGCGAGGUCGUCGAACCCAUCGACGACGACUCCGCGGACGAUAGCCCCGAUGAUAUCCGAGAGAUCCCGCCUCCAGUGACUGGCCCGUGGGAGAGUAUGACCACCUCGCUGAACACCAUGAUGGACGAAGUUGUUGAGUGCUCGGAUUUCUGGAACAAUGCGUUUGACGAUGAUGAUGCGUGA